AUGGCGUCGUCGGAGCUCCUCUCGUGGGAGAGCCUCGUUCGCGCGGGCCGCCUCUCGCGUGCCCUCGACAAGGAGGACCCCGUGAACGCGCCCGCACUGCGCAAGCUACGGAUAAGCGGCCUCUUGCCGGCGGCGGAACCGUACACGCUGCGCAUCUGGAUGCCGUGCUCCUGCGGCGGCUGCGUGGUACCGCUUAAGAUAAAGGCCGGCUGUCCCCGCACCACAUGCGUCCUCGUCUGGAAUGAGGAUACCAAGAGGUGCAAGCUCGAUCUGAGCGGGCUCGCACCCACAGCAGCUGACGCGCCGGCGCCAGCAGCAGCCGCGGCUGUGCCUGGCGGCACGCAGCCCCCACCUACGUGCAACGCCACGGAGGAGGGUGCCGCUCCGUCAUUGGCAGCAUUCGCCGCGCAACACAGUGUGGGCGGGAGGGAGGUCUACUUGGGCACCUUCGACACGGAGGUGGAGGCGGCGGUGGCCUAUGCGCGGGCGGUCGGCGAGCCCACGGCAGUGGUGGCGGAGGCGGAGGGCCUGCGCUUGCACCUCUCCAGCAACAGCACCGGAUACAAGGGCGUGUUCAAGCACCACGAUGGGCGGCGCUUCCGUUUGCAGCGUUUCGUGGGCGGAAAGGCGAUUGGCUGCGGCACUUUCGACACGGCUGUGGAGGCAGCGUGGCGGUGGACAUGCUCCCAUGAUGCCGACGCGGCGCCGGAGUGGCCGGCGCUGCUCGCCGCGACCACGACGGCUACUCUGAUACUCCGGGCCGACCCGUCCUACCCGACGGUGGCACUCUUCCACGUCUCGCUCACGCUGAGAAAAAUUCUAUGA